CAUCUACCCAAAAAACAAGUCAAGAGCUUGCACACCCAGACCAGAACGCGUUUCAGCUGUGGCUACUCUCUUGAUUCGGUUGUUUUGCAUUUACGUACGAGGAUUCCUUUCCCUCCGUGAAAUUAAGGUACAAAUAGUAAGAACCCUUCGCCCCCAAUUUCUGUUAAUCCGCAUCCUGCAUUAUUCGAUUCGGCAUCAGCUGAGGAAGCAAAAGGAGCCCAUUUUUCUUUAAGAAAAAAAAUUCAAAUAGCUAGCCAAUUAUAAAGAGUCAUAUUGAUGUCAUCAAGAACACUGAGAAGAAGGCUCCAUCAUGGGGAUGUUGGUGAUAGAAGCAGGGCACACUACGAGAGUUCGGGAUUGGAUAAUUUGAGUGAGCCCUUACUGGGUGACGAUGAAUCAUAUGGUAGUAGGAGGACAAAUGAACUUGAUGAUACUUGGGAUGAUGAGAGGAAGAAAGCACAGUUUCAUUGGACAUUCUUAUUUUCGAACCUUAUUGCGCAGUGGGCACAGUGGUUUGCAAACAUUGUACUAGGAUCUGGAUCACUUAUCGGGCGUAUUCUAUCUUUACCUUCUACUGCUCUAAAUGGGCCAAACAAUAAGAUGCAUCCUCUUUCUCUUAGCUCUCUGCAGGAAGAAAGACUCAGAAAUUUGAGGCACCGGCUUGAAGUGCCCUUUGAUGGUUCCAAAACAGAGCACCAAGAUGCACUUAAACAAUUAUGGAAAUUGGCUUACCCUGACAGGGAGCUUCCUUCACUUAAAUCAGAGCUUUGGAAGGACAUGGGAUGGCAAGGCUCAGACCCUUCAACAGAUUUUAGGGGUGGAGGAUUUAUAUCAUUAGAGAAUCUCAUCUUUUUUGCCCUGAAGUACCCUGAAUCAUUUCAGAGACUAUUGCAUAAAAAAGAUGGAGUCAGAGCAGAGUGGGAAUAUCCGUUUGCCGUGGCUGGAAUCAAUAUUUCUUUUAUGUUGGUGCAGAUGUUGGAUCUACAAGCAGGGUCUCCAUCAUCUUCAUCAGGAAUCCGUUUCCUAAAACUUCUUGAGGAGGAUGAAAUGGCAUUUGAUAUGCUUUAUUGUGUUGCCUUUCAAAUGAUGGAUGCUCAAUGGCUAGCAAAGCGUGCUACUUAUAUGGAAUUCAAUGAUGUUUUGAAGUCCACGAGAACGCAGUUAGAGAGGGAGCUUGCUCUUGACGACAUCUUCAGUGUCAAAGAUUUACCUGCUUACAACAUGUUGAGAUGAUGAUUUACUAUGCUCUUUUUUUUUUUUAAAUUUACUUUUUAACAUUUAUCUUUCUCUCUUUUGUUUUCCCAAAGGGCAUUGCCAUUUUAGAUGUACAGUGGUAAAAAUCUUGAAAAUUAAAGUUUAAGUGAGAUAGCAAAAUAUCAGAUUAAUGUUUUUAUGAAUUAAGAAUUAAGCAGAUAUGUAUUAUAAUUUAUAAAGCCUUAAAAAGUAGAAACACAGGUGUUCAGAAAUUUCCGUUCUCAACAA